GUUCAUUUGCCUGUGAAACGGUUUGUAGAGGAUUUGAGAUUUUUCUGCACCUUUCUGAGUUGGACCUGCAGCUCUGAAGAUGCUGAGAGGCGCCGAUACCCCGGAAAUGAUGUUUUAUCUCAACAGUCUGUACAGGGAGCCCAGGAAAGUGGUGCUCCACAAGGGCUCCACAGGCCUGGGCUUCAACAUUGUGGGUGGCGAGGAUGGUGAGGGUAUCUUCAUCUCCUUCAUCCUAGCAGGAGGGCCUGCUGACCUGAGCGGAGAACUACAGCAAGGCGAUCAGAUCAUAUCGGUUAAUGGUACUGACCUUCGAAGAGCCACACAUGAACAAGCAGCAGCAGCACUGAAGGGUGCCGGGCAGGUGGUCACCAUCGUAGCUCAGUACAGACCUGAAGAGUAUGGGCACUUUGAGGCCAAGAUCAAUGAUCUGCGAGGGCAGUUGAUGAACCACAACAGGAACUCUGGAUCAGGUCCCCUGGAAACAAAUCACAAGAGGUCCCUUUAUGUCAGGGCUCUUUUUGACUACGACAAGUCAAAGGACAGCGGGCUUCCGAGCCAAGGGCUCAGCUUCAGGUUUGGGGAUGUUCUCCAUGUCGUCAAUGCCUCUGAUGAUGAGUGGUGGCAAGCACGUCAUGUCACCCCACACGGAGACAGCGAGGAUCUGGGGGUCAUCCCCAGCAAGAGGAGGGUGGAGAGGAAAGAGCGUGCACGUCUGAAGACCGUGAAGUUCAACGCCAAAACAGACUCCUCUGACUCUACAGGGGAUGUCCUGGGAGAUGAGGAGUAUGGGACACGAACAUCCAGAAUUCAAGACGAAGCAGUGAUCUCAUACGAGCCUGUGUUGUGGCAUGAAAUUAACUAUGCCAGACCUGUCAUAAUUCUUGGACCAAUGAAAGACAGAAUCAACGGGGAUCUCAUGGCGGGGUUCCCACACAAGUUUGGCUCUUGUGUUCCACACACAACACGGCCAAUGAGGAGCUACGAGGUUGAUGGGCAGGACUACCACUUUGUGAUGUUCAGACAGCAGAUGGAGGCAGACAUCCAGCAGCACAGGUUCAUUGAAGCGGGGCAGUACAACGAUAAUCUGUAUGGAACCAGUGUCCAGUCUGUAAGGCAUGUGGCCGAGAGGGGCAAACACUGCAUCCUGGAUGUGUCCGGUCACGCCAUCCAAAGGCUACAAGUCGCACAACUCUAUCCAAUCGCCAUCUUGAUUAAACCAAAGUCUGUUGAUUCACUUCUAAAUAUGAAUAAAAAGCUGACAGAGGAACAGGCAAAAAAGAGUUUGGAGAGGGCAACAAAACUGGAGCAGGAGUUUGGUGAAUUCUUCACCGCUUUGGUUCAGGGAGACACCUUCGGAGAUAUUUACAACCAAUGCAAAGAGGUCAUUGAGGAACAUUCUGGACCUUCCAUCUGGAUCCCAUCAAAGGAAAAGUUAUAUUGAUUCAUCACCCUAGAUAAGGGCCUGGACUGUCUGUUUGCUAAGUCUUUAUUUACACUGGAUAACAAAAUCAUUUGUGUUUUCUGUAUUAAAUCAUAUAUUAUUCCAUUGUUUUUCCACUAUGUUCAUUGAUAGAAACUGCUGACAUUUUUACGUCCAAAUAUUAUUAUAUAUUUAAUGUAAAUUUGUUCAUUUUUUUUUAAAUGUAUGUGUGAAUGGGUGUCUGUGUCUCCAUUGUUUCUGUGUCCUCAGCACAUAUGUUUGUUCUGUAACUGUGAGGUCUGCCGUUUCUCCCUUUGCAUUUAAAUACUUCUGUACUUGUUCAUUCAGCAAAGUGUGUCUAUUUAAUAAAAAUUUCUUAGAAAAUU